ACCAAGCUGUCGCUUUCCCCCCUCACUGUGGCCGCCGGAGUCCCCAAUGCCGCCGUCGGCCGCCGCGGCCAGGCACCCAAGGGUGCUGCUGCCCUUCACCUCCGACACCCUGCGCAUCCCCGACGAGCUCGCCGCGGAGGUCGGCAGCGAUGAGGCCCUCGUCGUCGGCCCCACCGGCGGAAAGGCCAAGCCUUGGCGCGUCGAGGUCGGGUGGGACGGCGAUGGCGCGUUCCUGGGCCGUGGGUGGCCAGGGUUCGCGGCCGCGUGCGGCGUCGCCCCGAGGUGGCUCCUCGUCCUCCGCCACCGCGGCCACGGCGUGCUCUCGGUCAAGGGAUUCGACGCCGACAGCUGCCUCCUCAGGGAGCACGGCGCGCGGCCGCCACCACCAUCAGCAGCAGUUGAAGCAACCACGGGCAGCCAGGACACUGCCCGUAAGCUGCAGUUCCUCAGAGUGCUUCCAAAAGAUUUCAUGGAAAAGAUGCUAAUACCUGCUAAAAUUGUGCAAUACAUCCCCAAAGAGCAUUUGGACUACCGUAAGGCCAUUGUUUCUGGCCCCCUUGGCAAAGUUUCUCCCAUCGAGCUCGAGAUGAAUCAGUCAGGAGUGUUCUUCAGAGGUGGCUGGUCACAGUUUCUAGUGCUUCCUGGCAUCACUGAAGAUAGUUCUUUGCUGUUGAGGUAUGAGGGCAACAUGGUGUUUACAGUCAAGGUCUUUGAGGCAGACGGACACCAGAGAGAGUCUAAACAUAAGGACAUUGGAACGCAACAAGUAUCAACAUUACCAGAUAUUCGAGAGCGGCAGGAAGAAUCAUCUGUUUCCAUUCAGAAGCGUUGCAACAGUAAUUGGCUUAACAGCGGUGGACAAAAGAUGCAAAAAGGUCCCAUUACUCGUCUAAAGAAGGCACCAUUAUGGAGGAAAUCUGUCUUCAAGAUUGGGCCGCCAUCAUGGAUAAAGAAGGAGAUAAAUGCCAACUCACUUAAAAGGGAACUUGCUUUGUCAGCAGCUUUCUGUGGUGCAAUUGGGCUGCCGGAACAUUGCACGAUCACGCUCAAGACCUCAAUGAGCAGUACCGAAUCCUGGCAGGUGCUUGCUCUCCCAUCGAAGAAGGGGAGCUACCAGCUUAGGAAUGGUUGGAUGAGGUUCUGCAAGGAGAACAGCCUCAAGAUAGGAGACAUCUGCACCUUCAAUGUCAUCGAGAUGUGCUACUCGGAUAAUCGUAGUAAUUCUAGAACUAAUACCUGCAACAAACCCCGACUUCCGGGAGGGGCGCAUUUAUUAGAUAAAAGGCUGACGCGGGCUCUGCUUGCUGAAGCCCAGGCAGGCGAGCUUCGCCAGGCACCCGCCCCCGCUGCCUCGGUCAUCAUCGGCGGCGCGGGCCUCGCGGGGCUCGCCGCCGCGCAGCAGCUGCUCCGCUUCGGCCUCCGGGUGCUCGUCCUCGAAGGCCGCGUGCGCUCCGGGUGCUGCGCCUACACAACCCGCCUAGGUGGGGACAAGGCCGCCGUCGAGCUCGGCGACAGCAUUAUCACCGAAAUCCAUGCAAACCCGCUCGGCGUGCUCUCGCAGCAGCUUAGCAUCCCACUGCACAAGGUGCUGGACCGCUGCCCGCUCUAA